AUGGCUCUCACUAUUCCUCUUUCAGUAGCCAUCUAUGAUAACCCUGGCAUUAUGCACUGGAGCCUCUACCUUGAAGCCGACAAUGAUGACGACAAGACGAUCAUUCACGUCCUCGUUGCCCGUCAGAAGUAUUUCCCUGAUAUAAGGACACCGUCGGACGCACGCAUUUCGAGUUCCCUUAUCGAGCUUCUGUGCCUUUGUCAAGUUGAUGCGAGCAAAAUCGAGAUCAUCAAAAACAUCGCACGCGCUACCCCUAUCCGCAAUGAGUUGGCAGAUUGGAGCUGCCAGGAUUAUGUCCUCGAUAUCUUGAAAAGGCUCGAGCGUGCAUUGAUCAUUGAUGCAACGGACGGUGAGUACAUCAUGAACAGCGAGGCGAUCGCUGCCAAACGGGAGUCGUGGGCGUGA